AUGGAGCUAUCAAAACCAAUAAAUCCUCCUAUGUGGUGUGAUUUGGUUAUUCAAUUUUCAUUGCUUUUGCAAGGAUCUUUCUCCCGGUUGAUGAUCUUCUCUACCUUUGGUGGAGUGCUUGUAACCGUUCGGGUUGCAAUGGAUGCGGUUAUUCAAGAAGCUCACAAGAUCGUUCUAGCUUAUGGCAUAUCUUUAUGA